AUGACUGCUAGACCAAAAUUAAUUUUUGGUAGCUUCAAGGGAAUAUCCGAUGUCAGAAUCCAAACUUAUACAUUGAAGGCAACAACUCCAUUAGCUAGGGCUAUUCUAAUUCAUGGAAGCAGAUGCCAUUUUGCGGCGGAAUUUUUAAAAUACAAUCCUAAUUAUAUUGUGCAAAACAAUUCAUCUCAGAAUCCAAGACAUAUUGAUAAACAUAAGAAUCCACUCAAUAAAUCAACAGAACCCGAUCAUCUGUAUGGAGAAGAUUUGUGCAAGAAGGAUCAGUUGAAAACGGUUGGGCAAUUGGAAUUGGAAACCGCAGUCAUUGAUGUUUAUGAGGACGGCACUGAUGCGUGGGCCACCACAAACACAUUCAUUUACGAAGGUAGUUUCUGCCAGGUAUUAAAUGAGAACAAUAUAACUGUACAUGGAAUGGAUUUAAGAUCAUAUGGAAGAUCAGAAUCACCUCAAAUUCCAAUUGCGGGUAAACGUAGAGGGCUAGUAGAUGAUUUCGACAAUUUGUCAAAGGAUGUUAUAACUUACAUUGAGAAUAUUAAGAAAGAGAAUCCAGAUGUAAUCCCAAUAUAUCUAAUUGGAAUGUCUAUGGGCGGAGGGGUUGUGUCCAGAGUGGUUGAGUUGUAUGAGGAUAAGAAAUUGGUCGAUGGAAUAAUUUUAUUGUCACCAAUGUUGAGUAUACUUAGUGACAAUUUGAACUUUCUUGUGAACGUAUCAUGGUAUUUACACACGAUUAUGUCAAAAUUAUUUCCGACAUUAACAAUUGCAUCUGGAGAUCGCUCAAACGAUCCCAAUCCUAUUGAAAGAUUAAGAGAAAAUGACCCACUAUGUAUAGAUGAAGGUAUCCCAUAUAAAACUGGUUAUGGCAUGAUAAAAUUGGUAGAUGAGAUACAUAAGGAUUCUGCUAAAAUACAUAUGAAUACUUCAGUAUUAAUCUUCCACUCAUUAUCUGAUAAUGUAUGCUUUUACAGAGGAAGUGAAAAUUUUUAUAAUUCAUUAUCUCAUAUUAAAAAAAAAAGACUUGUAACACUAAAUAAAAUUGAUCACAUGAUAACCUGUCAACCGUUUUGCCUGCAAAUCGCCAAAUAUGUGUCUGAUUGGAUUAACAUUGGAGAUUCAAAUUGUAAACUCGACUACGCCUGCGACACUUAA